AUGGCCGCCAUUCUACGCGCCCGUUCAACACCAGCGUCCAUUCCUCGUCGUCUUUUUUCAACCACUACUCAGUUGAAGAGGCCAGACAAUGAUGCUAAAAGGCCCCCACAACCUCCUAAGCCCAUAGACGACUCUACUUCGGCUUUGGAUUAUAAGCGGGCGCAAAAGAUUCGCCCCCCUCCCCUUCCCGCAACCGACGUGCCCCGCUCGCGCAGUGCAGAAGAGGCUGUUACUAAUAUUUUGUAUAACACUCCUCCUCCGAGUCUGCAACCAUUUAAAAAGCAUAUUCUCAACUGCCUUGUUCAGAACGAACCUGGGGUAUUGUCCCGUGUAUCUGGUAUUCUUGCCGGGAGAGGAUUCAACAUUGAUUCCUUAGUCGUAUGCCGAACUGAAAUUCGUGACUUAAGUCGCAUGUGUCUCGUCCUUAGCGGACAAGAUGGCGUCGUGGAGCAGGCCAGAAGACAGCUAGAGGACCUUGUUCCAGUAUGGGCAGUGCUUGAUUACACAGAGACCAAAGUCAUUUCUCGCGAACUCCUUCUCGCCAAAGUUUCGAUUCUUGGCCCUGAAUAUCUGGAGGAACAAUUACUUGGUGGUCCUUCACACGAGCCACGCAGGGCGUCAGAGGAUCCAUCAGAAUCUAAGCUUGAGCGCGAAACUACAUUAGCACACAAUUUCGAACGCAGUGGUGCCCCGGAAGGCCAUGUCCCUGCCAUGACCCCUUCUCAAGCUCUGCGUCUCAAGCAUCAGCACUUACACUCGAUUUCCGUCCUAGCUGGUCAAUUUGGAGCUAAAGUGGUCGACGUCAGCGAGAACAGCGUCAUCGUUGAGCUCACCGCUAAGACAGCUAGAGUAGAGGCUUUCCUCAAUCUGCUCAAACCAUUUGGCAUUCUGGAGGCCGCUCGAACAGGACUUAUGGCUAUGCCCAGAACACCCAUCAAGACAGAGGAAGAUGAAUUGGUGCAAGAAGAUCAAGGAGGCCCUGUGGAUGCCAGUCUUCUUCCACCAGGCUGA